AUGGAGUUGAGCCAGGAUAAACCAUUCGUGGAAAGCCAAGCCGGUGAGAUGAAUGCCAUCAACACAAAGCGUGGCAUCAAGUCUCGGCAUGCGCAGAUGAUGGCUAUCGGUGGGACCAUCGGGACUGGUCUCUUCGUUGGUACAGGGGAAGCCCUCGCCGUUGCAGGCCCGGCAAUGCUUCUGGCAGCAUAUUGCAGCAUCUGUGUCCUUGUAUAUGGCAUCAUCACAGCGACCACGGAGAUCAACACCUACCUGCCCGUCCGAGGCUGCUCGAUGGCCUACUUUGGCAGCCGUUUCGUGUCGCCCAGUCUCGGAUUCGCAAUGGGCUGGCUGUAUUGGUAUUCGUUUGGCAUUAUCUUCGCCUAUGAGAUAACAGCGGGAGUGUUGGUUAUUAGCUACUGGCCGAAUACGGUGCCCAUUGCUGUAUGGAUUACCAUCAUGUUGGUCACCAUUGUCGCACUGAACUUCUUCCCGGUCAAAGUGUACGGAGAGACCGAGUUCUGGUUCGCCUCGCUAAAGGUAUUUCUGAUCAUUGGCUUGCUGUUGAUGUCAUUUAUCCUGUUCUGGGGCGGUGGGCCUGGUCAUCAACGGCUAGGGUUUCAUUACUGGAAGGAUCCUGGCGCGAUGAAUGAGUAUCGAGCCAGCGGGGCAACUGGACGGUUCUGUGCGUAUCUAUAUGUUCUGUGCUUUUCGGUCUUUUCUUUCAACUUUGCCCCGGAGCUGCUGGUUAUCGCAUCGGGUGAGAUGAAGCAUCCACGCAAGAACCUCCCACGAGCCGCCAAACAAUACUUUUACCGACUUCUUAUCUUCUACGUUGGCGGUGUCCUGGCUAUUGGUGUAAUCUGCCCGAGCAAUGCAUCCGGACUGACAGAUGGGACUAACGCCGCUGCAUCGCCUUUUGUCAUUGCGAUCAAGAAUGCCGGGAUCAAAGGUCUAGACAGUGUGGUCAACGCGGUGAUCAUCACCUCGGCCUGGUCUUCAGGGAACUCUUACCUCUACAUGUCCAGCCGGUCACUGUUCUCGCUUGCCGUGGCUGGCAAUGCCCCAGCUAUCUUUACGCGUUGUAACCGGUGGGGAGUACCAUACUACUCGGUCCUCACCUGCUCCCUCUUUGGUCUACUGGCUUAUAUGAAUUGUAGCGCUGGCGCAAGCGUUGUGUUCACAUGGUUCAUCAACAUCACCAACACGGCUGGUUUUAUCUCCUGGACCUGCUGCUGUAUCGUUUUCCACCGGUUCCGCAAAGCUUGCAAAGCUCAAGCUACCACCACGCAGCCAAUUCGCCCAUAUCAAUCACGGAUGCAGCCGUAUUUGAUCUGGCUGGCGACCUUGGUAUUUCCAAUCUUGCUUCUGUGCAAUGGAUUCGGGGUGUUCUUCCCAGGACACUUUUCUGCGUCGUCAUUCCUGACCUCGUACAUUGGACUAUUUGUCUUUUUGGUCAUUUACAUCGCCCAUCGCCUGGUGCAUUGGGGAGAUAAAUGGAUGCAUCGGCCUGAAGAGAUUGAUCUUAUUUCUGGAAUGGAUGAAGUGCAUGCCUUGGAAGUAGAGGAGAUGGAGGAUUUAGGGGAGAGUGUAGAGACUUCGAAAUGGAAGUGGCUAAAGGCUUUAUGGGAGUGA